AUGGCGACUCGCCCAACAUUGACCAGCGCUUGGAGACUAUCUCGGUGUCUCUGGUCCUGUCGGGGCACCAAAUACCUAUCAACUUCCGUACCAAGGCACCAGAACUAUGAUGCCACCAUUGCCAACUUGAACAUCGACAAGGAUACUAGGGUGAUCUACCAAGAUACCAUUGCAUAUGGCACCAAUGUCGUUGGCGGUGUAUCCCCAGGCAAAGGCGGCCAGGAGCAUUUAGGUCUUCCUGUAUUUAAUACAGUCAGAGAGGCCGUGGAACAGGUAAAGCCCCAUGCGACAUCAGUCUUCGUACCAGCACAAUUCGCCGCUGCAGCUAUCAUCGAAGCAAUAGAGGCAGAAGUACCUCUUGUUGUGACCGUAGCUGAGCACAUCCCUGUACACGAUAUGAUGCGUGUCCAUGGUGUGCUUAAAACCCAAUCCAAGACUCGCCUUGUCGGUCCGAACUGCCCAGGUAUUAUUGCUCCUGAGCAGUGCCGUCUUGGCAUCAUGCCGCAUAAGCAGUACAAGAGGGGUACUAUCGGUAUAGUCUCCAAGAGCGGAACGCUAAGUUAUGAAGCCGUGGGCUCAACGUCGAAUGCUGGAUUGGGUCAAAGUCUUGUUGUUGGUAUGGGAGGUGAUAUGUUGCCGGGUAUGUCUCAAGAUCUUGAUCUUGAUUCUAUGAACGUGGAUUUCUGGCUAGAGGAUUCUGCUGACAUUCAGGCUAUAGGAACUACACUCGUGGAUGCCCUUAAGCUGUUCUUCGAUCAUCCAGAAACAGAGGGUAUUAUUGUCAUCGGCGAGAUUGGUGGGGAAGCAGAACUCAGAGCUGCUGAAGCCAUCAAGGAAUACAGGAGAACGACAAAGGUUCCGAAGCCAAUCAUAGCCAUGGUGGCUGGUAAGACGGCUCCUGAGGGCCGAACCAUGGGCCACGCUGGUGCACUUCUGCAAUCGGGUGAUAUAUCUGCUGAAGCCAAGGCAAAGGCUUUGGCGGAUAGUGGAGCGAUUGUGGUACCGCAUCCUGGGGUCAUGGGACAUGUUAUGAAAGAGCUCAUGUCGUCACACCCUUCACUCAGUAGGAACCGGUACCCAUUACCUGCCGGCUUGCCAGGACUGGGUUUCGAAAUUCGGGAGGAAACUCCAAGAUGA